UGUGUGCUCGGCUCUGUUUUUCCCCCUCUGCUGUUUGUCUAAUGCGCGUUCACGUCAUUGUGCCUCCGCUCCUACUGUGGAUUUUAAACAAUGCUGCUGCUCAGCACUUCGCCGAGGAACAGAUGGCUGCUGUCAGACAGCGCAUCAAAUCCAUGUUCUACCACGCCUACGACAGUUACCUGAACAAUGCCUUCCCCUAUGACGAGCUCCGCCCCCUUACCUGUGAUGGACAGGACACCUGGGGCAGUUUCUCUCUCACUCUGAUCGAUGCACUUGACACAUUACUGGUUCUCGGAAAUCGUACGGAAUUUCAGAGAGUGGCCACACUCCUUCAGGAAUCUGUGGACUUCGACAUUGAUGUCAACGCAUCUGUGUUUGAGACCAACAUCAGAGUGGUGGGCGGUCUACUCUCAGCUCACAUGUUGUCAGGCAAAGCCGGAAUGGAGCUGGAACCAAACUGGCCAUGUUCGGGACCUCUGCUGAGGAUGGCUGAGGACUCGGCCAGAAAACUACUGCCUGCGUUUCAGACUCCCACCGGAAUGCCGUAUGGGACAGUGAACCGGGUCAGUCCGACAGAGACACCCGUCACCUGCACUGCCGGCGUGGGAACCUUCAUCCUGGAGUUUGCGACACUCAGUCGUCUGACGGGGGACACUGUGUUUGAGGAAGUAGCCCGCAAAGCAUUGAGGUCACUGUGGAAGACCAGAUCUGACAUUGGACUGGUUGGAAACCACAUUGACAUCGUGACCCAGAAGUGGGUUGCUCAGGACGCUGGGAUAGGAGCAGGCGUGGACUCCUACUUUGAAUAUCUAGUGAAAGGCGCCAUCAUGCUGCAGGAUGAAGAACUGCUGCAAAUGUUCUUGGAGUACGACAGGGCCAUUCAGAACUACACCCACUUCGACGACUGGUAUUUGUGGGUCCAGAUGCACAAAGGAACUGUCACCAUGCCGGUGUUCCAGUCUUUGGAGGCAUUCUGGCCCGGUUUGCAGUCGCUAUUGGGUAACCUGGACAGUGCUGUCAGAACUUUCCAGAACUAUUACUCAGUUUGGAGACAGUUUGGAGGUCUGCCCGAGUUCUACAGUAUUCCUCAGGGUACAACUGUGGACAAGAGAGAGGGAUACCCAUUGAGACCUGAGCUAAUUGAAAGUGCCAUGUACCUGUUUCGAGCGACAGGUGACCACACCUACCUCCAACUGGGCCUCGAUGCUCUGGAGUCCAUUGAGAAAAUAGCCAAGACGCCAUGUGGAUACGCAAGUGUCAAAGAUCUGCGGGACCAUCAGCUGGACAACAGGAUGGAGUCCUUCUUCCUGGCAGAAACCAUAAAGUACCUUUACCUGCUCUUUGAUCCCACCCACUUCCUGCACGGCCAUGAUUCCGAUGGAAACGUGUCCUGGGAGGAGGGCGGUGAAGGUGGUCAGUGUGUUCUGGGUGCCGGCGGUUACAUCUUCAACACGGAGGCUCAUCCUCUGGACCCAGCUGCUCUUUACUGCUGCAGCCGACACACUCAGGACCGACGUGAGCUCCGUGACAUCCUGCUCGACCUGUCGCAAGAUGGACGUCCAUCCAAGUCUGCAAACAGAGACACUGAGACACAGCCCACAGGCCGAUCAGGAAGAAUGGGUUCGAAAGCUGGCGAGAAGAAGAGGGUUCUGCUCUCGUGUCCCGUUCAGCCGUUCAGUGCUCGACUUGCCAUCCUGGGACAGGUGUUCAGUGAUAACACGUGAUGAUAUCUCUGCCAAUCACACCGGGGGGUUUAAAGGCUUAUGACUCAAGUCACAGCUGAGCAGGGUUUCAGACUCAAUUAAAGUGCUGUUAAAUUAUUUCUAUUUAUUAAAAAGGCCACAGUGGCCACACCUAGGUUUUGUGGCAGCGUCAGCAGUCUUGUGCUGAAUAUAUGCGGUAUAGAAAUGGCACGUUGUCUCUGUUUAUGACCAGCACUGUGAUUGGUCGACAUGUCUUGAACCAUAGUCUCGAGAAGAAACGGUAGUCUUAAUUGAUUAAUCCUCGGAUUACUUACAUUUUCUAGUUCAGUUAUUAGAACGUUGGUCACAAAAAUAUAAUUCCCACAAAGGAAAUGUUACUUGUGCUCAAGGACUGUGAUAAA